AUUCUUACAAUAUAUAAUACACAUUACAAAAAUUCUUUAUCUUUUUUUUUUUGUUCCAAAUGUCAUCGCAGCUGUUAACAUUCUUUCUCCUUCUAUCUGCUGUGGCGAUUCCUGUCGUGACUAGCAACAGACAAUGGUGUAUAGCGAAGUACACUGCGUCGACCGAACAGUUACAAGCUAAUAUCGAUUAUGCUUGUAGCUUUAAUAAUGUUGACUGUAGACCGAUCCAGCCCGGUGGAAGUUGCUAUGAACCUAAUACUUUACUAGACCAUGCAUCGUAUGCCAUGAACUUUUAUUAUCAAAAUAAUGGUCGUAUCGAUAGUGCUUGCAGUUUUGGCAGAACGGGCUGUUUUAUUUUUAACGACCCAAGUCACGGUUCAUGUGUCUACUACACUUGAAGAAGUUUUUCUUUAAAAAAAAAAAAUUAUUAUACGAAGAGUGCUUAACGUACUCAUCGCUUUAAUUAUCUUCGGAUUUGUUGUAUUCCCAAACUAAAGAUAAAUAAUAUAAUUGAUUUGAGGUUUUCU